AUGCACUCCCAAUUCACCGUCUCGCCCAGCGCAAUUCCUCCCAGGAAGUCCAGUAGCCGUCUUCACUCUCGGAGACAGCGCCAGCGCCAGAGCCAGAGCCAAAGCCAGAGCUUCACCUUUGCAAGCGCCUUCGCCUCGUCCCUCCCACGCCUGGAGUCUUCCAAUUCCGCUUCCGCUUCCGGCUCUGCUCCCGCUGCCGAGCCCCUAAUCGAGCUUGAGAACGAAGCCGAGUGGCUGGACCCGCGCUCCAAACUAGGGAAGCGCCCAGAACAAAUGGCGAAGCGGCCCUUGCACCCUCAACCUCCGCCUCGGAGAAGCAGCAAGAGAGCAAACCACGGCGAGCUCAACAUGCAGCACCAACUCAACCCCUCGGCGCCGCCCGACGUCGCGCGCUUUGCCCACGAGAACUUUGACUUUCGGAGUCGCGGCACAUGGACUGACGAAAAGGAGCACGUCGUACGGGGGCCGUUUGAGUAUGUCGUCAGCCACCCGGGCAAGGACUUUCGCUCCCAGAUCAUCGCCGCCUUCAACGCCUUCCUCGACGUGCCUCCGGAGAGCCUCCAGAUCAUCACAAAGGUCGUGGGCAUGCUCCAUGAAGCUUCGCUCCUCGUCGAUGACGUGCAGGACUCCUCCGAGCUGCGCCGCGGCUUCCCCGUCGCCCACAACAUCUUCGGCGUGGCCCAGACCAUCAACUCCGCAAAUUACAUAUACUUUGCUGCGCUGCAGGAGCUCGUCAAGCUCGGCAACCAGAGCGGCAUCAAGCUCUUCGCCGAGGAGCUCAUUAAUCUGCAUCGCGGCCAGGGCAUGGACCUCUUCUGGAGAGACACCCUCACCUGCCCCACGGAAGACGACUACCUCGAGAUGGUGGGCAACAAGACCGGCGGCCUGUUCCGCCUCGGCAUCAAGCUGAUGCAGGCAGAGUCGAGCUCGGCCAUCGACUGCGUGCCCCUCGUCAACAUCAUCGGCCUCAUCUUCCAGAUCCGCGACGACUACAUGAACCUCUCGUCGAGCGAAUACAGCCACAACAAGGGCAUGUGCGAGGACCUGACAGAGGGCAAAUUCUCCUUCCCCGUCAUCCACAGCAUCCGCGCCGACCCCGUCGACCUCCAGCUGGUCAACAUACUCAAGCAAAAGACCACAGACGUGCAGGUCAAGCGCUACGCCGUCUCCUACAUGGAGACCAAGGGCAGCUUCGAAUAUACCCGCCAAGUCGUCGCCACGCUCAUCGAAAGGGCCCGCAAGAUGGUCGCGGAGCUAGACGAUGAGUCCGGCAGGGCCGCUGGCAUUUACAAGAUUCUGGACAAGAUGACCAUACCGUCGUGAGCGGGGCAUAGUCAUGCCAUUGUGAGAUGAAGGGGGGAGUUAAUGAUAUACGAAAUUAUUCAGGGAGCAUCUACAACGCAUCGGCGCCAAAGCGAAGGGGUUAUGACUUUCAUUUUGUUCAUUUACUUUUCUUUUUAUCUUGGGUUCCCGAAAUGGGUAAGAAAUUGCAUAUCAAUCAGCUCAGUCUGAUUCUCUAGCGUAAUCAAACCGCAUCAUCAACCUGUACAAUAAGCAUCAUCACGCGUGUACCGACUCUGGCUCAUUAGCGAUGAUUCAUGUGAAUACAGUGAAUAAUAAAAACUAAAAUAAACUCCUGCU